CGCAUCAAUUCAAAUCUGAGCACGAUUUAUCGGAGUAGAGCCGAGGGCCAGGGCAAUCACUGGGGAUGAAGCCCAUCACCACCCACUCAUCUUCAUCAUGAGUCUCUCCCUCUUCCUGUUGCCGUCGUCAUCGCCGCCGCUGCCGCCGUUUUCCUCCUCCUCCGCUCUCCGUCUUAGCCGCCCGCUGACCUCUCUCCGCCCUCCUUGCUUCCCUCGGCUUGUCCCCCUUCCCCUGCUGCACUCCUUGGCUCAUGCUCCCACACUGCCCCGCUCGCUCCGCCCGUGCGCACUCGGUUCCGGCUCCGCCGCCGGAUAUCUGCUGCAGGAUGCAGGCGCCACCGCUGCAGUCCUCGCCGGCGCUUACUCUCUGGUCCUCACAUUCGACACUCUCACUGAGAAUAACGUCAUUCAACAGAGUUUAAGCAGAAAGUUGGUUCAUAUCUUGUCCGGGCUGCUCUUCAUGGCUUCAUGGCCAAUUUUCAGCAACUCGGUGGAGGCUCGCUACUUUGCUUCCUUGGUUCCGCUAGUGAAUUGCUUAAGGCUUGUCAUCAAUGGCUUCUCCUUGGUUACUGAUGAAGGACUCGUGAAAUCUGUUACACGCGAAGGAAAUCCGGGGGAAUUGUUAAGGGGUCCGUUAUACUAUGUUCUGAUGUUGAUCUUGUGUGCUGUCGUCUUCUGGCGGGAGUCUCCCACUGGAGUAAUCUCAGUGGCCAUGAUGUGCGGGGGAGAUGGAAUCGCUGACAUAAUUGGGAGAAGUUUUGGCUCGCAAAAGCUUCCAUAUAAUCAACGAAAGAGCUGGGCAGGGAGCAUUUCAAUGUUCGCAUUCGGUUUCUUAGUUUCAAUCGGGAUGCUCCAAUAUUUUUCAGCUCUUGGAUACUUUCAACUGGAUUGGAUUGGGACAAUACAGAAAGUUGCUUUGAUCUCCUUAGUGGCAACAGUGGUGGAGUCCCUCCCGAUUACUGAGGUGAUUGAUGACAACAUUUCUGUUCCACUCGUAAGCAUGCUGACUGCUUCUUUGACGUUCGGUAGUUAAUAGGCCAAGGACCAACCAUCUUCUCCAAUGUACGAUCGAAAAACCCUACAGUGCAUAUCAUUCAGUAAACACACUGCAGCCCAAUAUCGAGGUUUUAGCAUCAACGAUCCGGCUUUGUUUGUGAAUUUGAGGGUCUUAGUUUUGGACACAGGAAUGGAUAGAAGGAGGUGAUUUAUGGAGGAUAUGGCUAUGAUCAUCGGCUUGUUUUUGUAUUGCGUACUUGACCAUUGUGGAGGCAAAGAUAAUUAUUGAGGGAAAUGUGUUUAAUUGAAAGUAGUUUAUUCUCGUGUUCAUGAACUAAUUCUUAUUAGGAAAUCAACCCUCUUAAGGCCUCUGCCACUCCUUCCGGCAAUUGCAACACAGCUGGCAACCAUUGCCAGGAAGCGGUAGAAAGGACUGAUGAAGUUGGUGAUCUCGGCUAAGCUCAGGUGGCCGAGGUCAACCCGCCUGAGCCAAGAUUGGGGCAGUCAUUUCUGCUGAUUCCGAACAGCAGCGACGCCAUACUGCAGAGGGUGGCAUGCAGUAUCGGACAGGACGGCAGUCGCCUUGGCUAAGCUACUAUGAAUAUAAAGAAAUUUGUCCAUGUUUUUCAAAAAUGCCGACGACCCUUCUAAUCGAAGUUGAUCGAGAAUGAUUCCCAAUU